AUGCGGAUCACAACAGUUCAUAAUGAGCAUAAUCACGGCCUCAGUCCACAGAAAUCCCAGUUCUUUCAAUGUAACAGAGAAGUGAGUGAGGACAUAAAAAGAGUCAUUGACACAAACGACUUAGCUGGCAUCCAAAUGAUUAAGAGUUUUGGAUCUCUUGUCAUUGGUGUAGGUGGCUUCGAGAACCUCCCAUUUUUGGAAAAUGAUUCUCGUGACACUGGAGCACUUCGAGAUUAUUUUUUGAGGAUGCAGUACAAGGGUAACAGUUUUUUUACAUCAAUGGAUUUAGACGAUGACGGGAGACUAAAGAAUGUUUUCUGGGCAGAUCCAUGCAGUAGGGCAGCCUACCAAUAUUUUGGUGAUGUCGAUAUAUUCGACACCACAUACCUGAUAAAUAGAUAUGAGAUGCCCUUUGCACCAUUUGUUGGUGUAAAUCACCACGGGCAAUCAAUUCUAUUGGGAGCGGGGUUGAUUUCCAGUGAGGAAACGGAGACUUUUACAUAG